AUGGAAUUCCGAACAUUUAUCAUGAUACUUUUAUGCAUUUCGUGUCACGCAAACGAAUACGAAGAAACAAAAUCGUUGAAACCAAACGACGUCGAUUCGACGACCGAGUCGAACGAACCCCCCGAAGGAUAUUACGCCUUUGUGAAGUCGCCGAACGCUGAACCACCUAAAGUGAGGCCACCACCGUAUAUAGACGGCGACAAAGAAUGCUAUGACACUGGUAAACAGGGAAAAGGUUACGUGUCCAUACACAAUAUUUGCGGGGAUCUCAAUAAGGGUUAUAUCCCGCGAAAUCCCAUGAAUCAAUAUUUCAAUGGAUCGUCGUAUCCUUUUGCUUUGUUAAAAAAUCAUACGUUGAAAUUUUUGAGCAAAGCGUUGCCCAUACUUAAGGCUGACGAUUCCUUACCUAAAGUCGCCACCGUCCAAUCUUAUUCCCAAAAUUCUGUUGAAACUGACGAAAAACGAAGCAGAAGCAAACGGUCAUCUGAUUCAGAAAGCGCAUUGGAUACCAUCAGAAACGGUCGAAAAUUUUGUGAGAAUGGUGCAGGAGUGGUAUGCAUGUUGUACAAGGCCAUACAAGGGGAACCAUUGGCCACCUCAGCAGCUGAGCGUCGAGAUGAGCCCUCUACCCCAGAGUACCGUCAACGAACACCACCACAAGAGAAGCCAGAAUAUACAGGUCCACCCACCCCUUGUCCGGCUAAAGUGGAGUACGCGACACCAGUGUUCGCCAAGAACUAUCAAGGAGUUUGGCGCUACGUGGUCCAGAUUCCUUACGAAGGCUACUUCACACAAACUAUUGAAGUUACCAGAUGCAUGCAAUCAAGGUGUCAUUAUCUAGACGGUGGCUGUCUUUCAUCACCAAGAUGGACCAGUUUACUAGUAGCAGAGAUUUUCUAUCCUGACACGUUCUUGGAAGAGAAUCAGAAUUCAAGAAUCAGUGGUCUCAGAGACACUGCCGGUUCACCACCACCUGUUCACGAUUUUCAGAACUAUCAACAGUAUUUACAGAAGCGUGCUGGGGAGAAUGAAGCUCGUAACAGUGGAUCUCAACACCAUUGUGAUGGUGUAGACGAAAUGGGUUGUUUCCAGGUAAGACUAUACUACGAUUGGUUCCUGGUGCCAGGAAGCUGCAAGUGUUGGCGUCCUGAUUAUUUUAACCGCUACGUCCGUCGAAGCGGGUCCAAUGUUGAAUUGUGA